UAAAAUCUACCUAUAUAAGUUAACUAACAAAAAACAAAGUUAUGCAAGAAAUCAUGGCUUCUGAAAAUCAUCUCCCUGAUGCAAUCAUCUUUCCCUUCAUGGCACAAGGCCACACACUUUCUUUACUAGAUUUAGCCAAGAUAUUAUCACAAAGAGGUCUCAAAGUUACUAUUAUCUCAACACCUUCCAAUGCUAAACAAACCUCCUCAAUACUUUCAACCAAAUUCCCAAACAUCUCAAUUCAUGUAAUCCCAUUUCCUAUAUGUGAUGAUUUAUCACAAGAUUGUGAAAACACUAAAGAUAUUAUCUCCAAAGAUCAACAUCUUUCUUUCCUAAGGGCAACCUUAAAACUCAAAGAACCAUUUGAGAGUUUCCUUAGAGAAAAAGUUGAAAAAACAUGUCAUUCUAAUUCUAAUUCUAAUAUAUUUGUGGUAUGUGAUCUCUUUCUAUGUUGGGCUAUACCAAUAUGUUCUUCUUUGAACAUCCCUGGGAUCCUCUUCACUGGCAUGGGAGUUUUGUCAUCUGCAAUAUGGAGGCUCAUGUUAUCAAAUGAAGAAUGUAUCAAAAGUUUGUCAAAUGGAGAGGAGUUGGAAACUCUUCCUGGAUUAGCAUCCCCUUUCUUCUUAACUCGCAAUGAUUUCGGCCAUUGGUUUGAUGAUAAUCACCCAACAAUGCAAUUUCUAUUCGAAAUCGGCGAUGUUAGCUCAAGUUGUUGGGGAGUUUUAAGUAAUAGCUUUGAAGAGAUUGAAGGUAAGUAUAUAGGUGCUCUUGAGUCUACUUAUGAUGAAGGUGUCAAGGUAUGGUGUGUUGGACCACUUCUCCUAUAUGAUCAAGCACAGAUUCAUGUAAAUACAUCUAUGGAAGAAUGUAAUAAAGAUUCAUGUAAUUAUUACCAAAGGUGGUUAGAUGAGCAAAUAGAGAAGCUAGAAAGUGUGAUCUAUGUGUCAUUCGGAACGCAGGCCUAUGUGUCUGACAUACAGAUGGACGAGAUUGCCUUGGGAUUGGAAAUGGCUGGCUAUCCAUUCGUUUGCGUCGUCAGAUCAACGAGUUGGAAGCUGCCGGAGGGGUGGGAGGAGAGGGUGAAGAGUAAAGGGAUGAUCAUAAGGGAGUGGGUGGAUCAAAGGAGCAUACUGUCACACCCUAGUGUAGGAGGAUUUCUGAGUCAUUGUGGUUGGAACUCUGUAUUAGAAAGUUUAGGGAGGGGAGUACCCUUAUUAACUUGGCCUAUGGGUGCAGAACAACCUCUAAAUGCCAAGUUUGUAGUGCAGGUUUUAAAGGCAGGGAUAGCUAUCAAUACAACAAAAGUAGUUGAACAAGGAUCAAUGGAGAGUGCUAUUGUUGGCCGCAACGACAUCAGCCGUGGGGUGGAAGAACUGAUGGGUGGCGAGAAUGGGAGAGUAGCUAGAGAAAGGGCUAAGGAAAUUGGAAUGAUGUCAAGGAAGGCUGUAGCAAAAGAUGGUUCAUCUUCUAAGAAGCUUGAUGAAUUCAUUAGUUGUUUAGUUGAAUUGAAAAAAUAGUACUUCUAUAUAAGAUAGCUCAAUUAUGUGUUUGUGCACAAUCAGUAAUAGAAUAUCCAAUAUGUUUCAAUUA